AUGGGCAUAGAUACAGCCCGGGCCAUAGUCAAUUCGCGACAGUUUGACUCCUCACGUUCACGCAUUACUCCGGCCCAACGCCAGCAGCACACGGUCACGCACCACAAAGUGUGGCACCAAAGCACAGACGCAAGAGCCUUCUUUCCCGGGAAAGUUGACAUUUUCAAGCCGACCCCACCUCUCAGAGUUGACCGAGCGGACAUGUCCCAUUUCGGCCACCCAAUGAGCAUGGAGUGGAGACAAACCGGCCAGUUUGCGGCCGGUACCAGCUGCCAGUCUCCUCUACGACAUGGCCUUUUUGUCGAAAAGGUGAGCGAUGUCAAUCUCGUCAUGUCUCCUGUGCGCCGCCGAAAUGCGCCAGACUUUUGGUUCCGCCUCGUCUCAAUGUCGGUCGGAGUUUGGCGUUGCAACGAGACGAUUGCCAACUCGACAUGGCUCCAAGUGCAGGCUUUCGCGAAGCAGAUCUGUGAGUGUUUCUGCCUGGACACCAAAUGGAGGACCCGCCUAAAUUGUCGUUUGACGCUCGACACUCCCAGUCCCAUGUACGGAUUUUGA